AUGGAAAGGAUUGCAAAUGCACAGUUGCAAGCAAAUGAAGAUAGGAAGAUGGCAAAAAACUUGGAGAAAGAGGCUAUGGAUGCUAUAGAAGCUUGGAGAGCCGCUUUGGAGGAGAGGAUUACCGCCAACGAGGAGAGGAAGUUGUCUUUCGAGGAGAAGAGGCAAGCCACCGAGGAGCAUCUACGCCUAGUGGAGGAGGAGAGGAAGCUUUUCUUGAUGGAUACUUCCCACAUGGAUGAUAGGCAAAAGGAGUACAUCAACCUUGCUUGCGAUGAAGUGUUGGACAAGAAGAGAUUGUUGAUAGCCAACAUGAACACACUCACGGCCGGCAUGUUUGGAGGAGGCAUGCCCAUGUUUGGUGGAGGUAUGGGAAGCAUGGCCGGCAUGGGAGGCAUGGCCGGCAUGGGUAGCAUGCCCAUGCCCCGCAUGGAAGGCAUGGCUGGCAUGGGUAGCAUGCCCAUGCCCGGCAUGGGAGGCAUGGACGGCAUGGGAAGCAUGCUCAUGCCCACCAUGGGAGGCAUGGCCGGCAUGGGAGGACCAAGCUAUGGUGGAGUCUUCGGAGGGACUAUGGGAGGCUCGAUGAGUGAUGUGGAGGUCGGACUUGCCGCGAUCAAUAGAAUUAAAGCAAGACAAAGAGCAAGAAUUAAGUGGCUCAAAUUAGGAGACGCAAAUACGAAGUACUUCCACUCUAGAGCUACACAUCGAAAGCAGAAAAUUAGAAUCCAGUCCUUACAAUCUGACAACGGAAUUGCAACAUCCCCGCUUGAAAUUGAAGAAGCCGUUUUUGAGCACAUGACCAAGAUUAUGGGCACAAGCGUACCUAGCGCUGAGCGCUUCCAGUGGGAAAAUCUAGACCUUUCAGUUCCGGACCUUUCAGAGCUUGACGCGGUAUUCACCAUGCAAGAAGUAAAAAGUGCGGUUUUUGAUUCGCCUGUUGAGAGAGCACCUGGACCAGACGGGUUCUCAGGAGGGUUCUUCAAAACUUCAUGGAAUGUCAUCAAAGACGACCUGCUGAGAGCUCUGAACAAGUUAUAUGAUCUGAAUGAACCAUCCUUUAAUAGCCUCAACACUGCCUUCUUCGUCUUGCUGCCAAAAAAGGAAGCCCCAUCUCAAAUUUCCCAUUACAGACCUAUCAGUCUAAUCCAUGCUUUUGCUAAAUUGGUUUCCAAAAUCCUUGCGGCACGGCUGCAGCCUAGGAUGGACGAGCUUGUGUCGCCAUGUCAAAGUGCCUUUAUCACUGGAAGAAGCAUCCAGGAUAAUUUUUUGUAUGUCCAGAACCUUGCCAAGCAUUACCACAAGACUAAAACACCCGCUUUGUUGUUCAAGCUUGACAUAGCAAAAGAUUUUGACACGGUCUCUUGGGUCUACAUUUUGGAUAUGCUUGAAGCACGUGGUUUCCCAUUACGAUAUAGGAAUUGGAUCGCGCUCCUUUUUAGGACGGCUUCCUCCAAGGUGCUUAUUAACGGGGUUCCGGGGCACAUCAUUGAGCACCAGAGGGGUCUCAGGCAAGGGGAUUCUCUAUCCCCUUUCCUGUUUGAUCUAGUGAUGGAGCCCUUGCACCGAAUGCUUGAUCUUGCAACCGAUGGUGGUGUCCUGUCCAAGCUCCGCGGAAAACAGUGCACCUUCAGAGCUUCCUUUUAUGCUGAUGAUGUCGCACUAUUCAUCAACCCCUCACAACAUGACAUUGACGGACUCUGCGAGAUUCUGGCAGGCUUUGGGAGGGCCACAGUCCUCAUAACAAACCUUGCAAAAAGCUCAAUAACUCCGAUCAGCUGCGGAAACGUCAAUGUGGAAGGCCUUGCUAGCGCCAUUGGCAUCAUGGUUACUCCUUUUCCGUGCAACUAUUUAGGGAUGCCCCUAUCGAUCAAGAAACUUACAAAGGCCGAUUGGCAAGCGCUACUCGACAAGGUUGAUAGAUUCCUUGCCACCUGGAAGGCACGGCUGAUGAGCAAAGAUGGCCGUCUGGAGAUGCUAAACUCUGUUCUCACCUCUCUUGCGGUUUAUCUAAUGACGAUCAACGAGAUGCUGGUCUGGGUUAGAAAGGAGUUUGACCGUCGUCGAAGGGCAUGGUUAUGGGCUGGGGAAACAACCUGCAAUGGUGGCAAAUGUCGGGUCAACUGGAAACAAGUUUGCAGGCCCAAAGCCUUGGGAGCAUUGGGCGUCCAUUGUAUCCAAGCAUUCGGCACCGCCCUUCGGCUUAGAUGGAUGUGGCAGAAAUGGAAAAAGCCCAACAACCCGUGGGCGCAUAUGAAGAUCCCGGUGACCAAGAAGGAUAAGGCCUUAUUUGCGGCUGCAACUACCAUCAAGAUCGGCAACGGUGAAACUGCGAAUUUCUGGUCUGAUAGGUGGCUGUUCGACCAGAUGCCUGCUGAGACUGCCCCCGACAUUUUCAAAAUUUCCAUAAGGAAAAAUAGGACGGUCAAAGAUGCCUUGACAAAUGAAAAGUGGCUCUUGGAUCUACGUCAUAAUCUUGACGUCCAACAUUUGCCGCAACUUCUUAAGUUGGCAGAACUGGUUGAGUCGGUGCAACUUACAAAUGAGCCGGAUGAUAUUUUGUGGCGGUUUGGGAGCAAACAAGUAUACACUGCUCGUUCGGCAUAUAUGGUCCAGUUCUUAGGCGCCGUCAAAACUGACUUCACCAAAUUAGCUUGGAAGGGGUGGGCGCCGGCAAGAUGCAAAUUCUUUAUUUGGACCCUUUUGCUGAACCGUGUUCUCACGGCCGACAAGCUGCUACAAAGGCAAUGGGACAAUGAGUAUUUAUGUCCUCUGUGCCGGAGAAAUCUUGAAACGGCCACUCACCUAUUCACAGAAGGCGACUACAGCUUAAAAGUGUGGGCAGCCAUGGCAGAGUGCUUCAACAUGAACCAUCUGAAUCCUUCUUGUUGGAUUGGCAAGGACUUGUCGGUCCAUGAAUGGUACAAGUCCCUCUCAGAUAAUCAAACAAAACUUCAAAGAAAAGAGACAUUCCCGGCUACGAAAUUGGUUUGCUGGGAAUUAUGGAAAGAGCGGAAUAGACGGAUUUUUGACAAAAAGGAGUUACCUUUGCCUGCCAUGAUCUCUAGAAUUAAGGACGAGGCUGCUGCGUGGAGACAGUCCGGUGCUCCACUCCCUUUAGUUGCGGUGUAUGGAGGGACACCUUUCGACCCAGGUUGA